AUUAGGGCGGUGGGAAAGAACAAAAUAUCUCUCUACUUCCCAAUUCCAAUACUGCAAGCAAUUCCCAUUCCCACGACUCAAUCAAACCUCCACAACCAGAAAUGGCCGUAGCCAGAACCAUGUCCCGUUCUUUAUCCAUCUUCUUAACGGAGCCAUCGCGACCCCUUCACUUCUCUCCUUCUUCCUCCUCCUCCUCCUCCAUCCGAACCAACCGAUCCUUCUCUCACAGAUUGUAUUGCAAUGCCCGGAGAAUCAACGCUCGAGGUUUUCAUUUCUCUAAACCAACUCUUCUGAACUGUUCCUACGAUGACACCCAGUCGACGUCUUCCUCUAAUCAGGACGGUCAGGACCCCCCUCAGGAGGCUGUUUUGAAGGCAAUUUCAGAGGUAUCUAAGACAGAAGGGAGGGUUGGGCAUACCACGAAUAUGGUACUUGGAGGAACAGUGACUAGUGAUUCUUCCAAUGAGUGGCUCGCUCUGGAUCAAAAGGUGAACUCGUACCCUGGUGUUAGAGGCUUUACAGCGAUUGGAACUGGAGGAGAUGAUUUCGUGCAAUCUAUGGUCGUUGCUGUGGAAUCUGUCAUCCAACAACCAAUUCCUGAGGGCAAGGUGAGGCAUAAAUUAUCAGCGAAAGGGAAGUACAUUUCGGUAAACAUAGGACCAGUUCAAGUAAUUUCCAGUGAGCAGGUUCAAGCUGUAUACAAUGCAAUGAAGAGAGAUGACCGUAUGAAAUACUUUCUAUAAUUCUCUUUUUUGAAUUAGGGUUUACUUGUACGAGUCCUUGUAAUGUAAUCACUCUUAUCCUUCUAGAUAUGUUGAUUAUUCCACCCAAAAAGCUCUCUAAUUUUACGUCAUUUUUUCUCCCUCUCUCUGACUUCCAUCUUUUGCACUAUAAUUUCCAAACCUACCACCCCCACUAGUUUUAGGUUAAAUUGCUAAUUUGGUCUCGGAAGAGAAUUUUAUUAAACUAUAGAGACUAUUUACUAAGUUGUAUCAAACCUGAAGGAUCAAAUUCAAACUUUCUCCAACCACAGGGGCUAUAUUCACAA